AUGAGCGGAGAGCGUAAAGAUGUCGAGUUCAUAACCCUGGACGGCUUGACUCUGCGAGGAUGGCUAUUUGAGGGUCCAAAGGGUGGUCCUGCAGUGAUUGUUAAUGGUGCAUUCAACAGCCCUAAAGAGAUAUUUGUAGCAAGUGUGGCAGAGUGGUUUGGAAAGAAUGGCGUGACGGCUUUGGUCUACGACGCCCGCACGCUGGGCCAGAGCGACGGCCUGCCUCGAAACGAUCUAGACCCCCAGAAGAUAGCCGAGGACAACCAUGAUGCUGUCACGUUCCUGCAAGACGGAGGCUGGGUCGACCCAGACCGCAUCGCCAUCUGGGGCUUUUUCUACAGCUCCGGAAUCGCCCUCGAAGCCGCCGCCUUUGACAAGCGCGUUAAGGCGGUCAUCGCGCAAGGUCUGAUGCCAGACUGGUGCCUCAAUCCCGAAGACGAACCCGCCAUAGUCGCGCGCGCAGUUGCAGAUCGCGCUAACCAGCUUCGCGGCAAUCCACCCGAGUACAUCCCCCUUCUCAACGACAAGGGCGAGCACCUAAUGUACUUCAAGUACCUGGCUGAUAUGACGCCCGAGCAAAAGCACCACUUGCCCGCAUGGGUCCACGGCGCCAAGAAGACCGCCCCAACCUUCAACGACUGGAUGACCAUCCAAAGCUUCUACCGGCACGCCAAAUGGAAACCGAUGAAUCUGUUCGCUGCCGUCAGCCCCACUCCCGUCAUGAUUCUGACGCCUGAAGAUGACGAGAUCGUGCCGCCUGCAUUCCAACGGAGCAUCUUUGACAGCCUGCAGUCACCACGGAAGAAGUAUGAGAUUGUCAAGGGCAGAGGCCAUAUGAAUUUCUUGAAGGAUGUGAACUUCGAUGAGCUCUUGGGCGGCCAGCUAGCAUUUCUCAAGGAUGUCAUGAAUUUCUGA